AUGGGCAACGAUGUAUUGAUUGAUCGAUCCACCAACAUUGUGGUGAUUCAGAUCUUCGAGUACAAUGGAAGUGCGGUUGUGGCUAUGGUGGGUAAGAAUUGCUUCGCUAUAGCAAGUGAUCGGAGACUUGGUGUUCAAUUACAAACCAUCGCUACCGAUUUUCAGAGAAUCUCAAAGAUUCACGAUCAUCUCUUCAUCGGUCUUUCCGGUCUCGCCACCGAUGUCCAGACACUGUACCAGCGACUCGUAUUUCGUCAUAAGUUAUAUCAGCUUCGGGAAGAGAGAAACAUGAAGCCAGAAACUUUCGCUAGUCUUGUAUCUGCCGUUCUUUAUGAGAAAAGAUUUGGUCCAUACUUGUGUCAACCUGUGAUUGCUGGAUUGGGAGAGGAUAACAAGCCCUUCAUUUGUACAAUGGAUUCGAUUGGAGCCAAGGAGUUGGCUAAAGACUUUGUCGUCUCUGGAACUGCUUCAGAAUCACUAUAUGGUGCCUGUGAAGCCAUGUACAAACCAGAUAUGGAAGCUGAGGAAUUGUUCGAGACAAUUUCACAAGCACUUCUCUCUUCAGUUGACCGGGAUUGUCUGAGUGGAUGGGGAGGACAUGUCUAUGUUGUAACACCAAAUGAGGUCAAAGAGAGGAUCCUCAAGGGAAGAAUGGAUUGA